CGACUGUACCCCAACAAAAGAGCAGUUCAGUGAUCGGCCACAAACGGUCACAGGGCGUGAGCGCGCACGAUCGCGAAUAAACGUAAUCGCCGCGAAAUAAUACGCGACUAACUGCUCGCGAAUUGUCCAAUAAUUGCGCACCUGCAACAUCCUGCGCUUCUAACUCGUUGCCUUUUUAUUCCGACCCAACUGACACACAAACCACAAUACCAAUCGACCAACCACUAAGCAACAUGCUGUUAAUCAUCUUCCUCGUAGGAAUCACCAACGCGCAAAUCGACGGAGAAUUCUGGUGGCUUAAUGAUAAGCUCGCUGAAAUAAAAGGCGCAAAUCCAGAACCGGCGUUUGAAGAAGUUAGCGAAUUUGACAAUGAUGAGACUGACAAAGUAGUGUUCAAUGAUGAUAACUCUGCCAACGAAGCUAGGAGCAAUGAUAAAUGGAACAUCCACUUUCAAGAUCGUACCAAGUUAACAUGGCCGAAUGAACGGGAAGUCAAAUCAAAUAUUCUACCAAGCACUACAACUAAACCAGAGACAACGAUCGGAGAUGUUCUCGAUUUCAAAUUUCCAGACAGCGAUAACUUCGUUUGGAAAGACGUCACCAACACUAACAGGCAUACAAUCCCACAACCAACUCCUGCAAUUACCAGUGAAGCAAAUACAACGAAGAAUAAAACCGUCUUGAUCACAGACAAAGUAACUUUCAAAGUGUAUAAGGAAGAGACGACUCAAGUGCAAAAUAUAUGCACAUAUUUGAAGAAAAGUGAAUGCAAGAGCAGAAAUGGACUUGUUUAUAUUAAACGAGACAGAGUACCCCCUAAGAAGACACCAAGUGAUUCGCAAUUCAUUUGCUGCAUUCUCCCUUUACCGUCGGACAAACCAACUAAAAUUUACUUUGCUGACGACUUUCCGAUCAAACGCUUCAAAAGAUCGACUAACAGCGGCGACAUGUCAACAGCUUUGAAACAAAGACUGGCCCUUAUGCGUCGUAGGUUUCCUGUUCCAACUCAUAAAGUCAAGACUCCGUUACCUGCACCUGCUAAAGUAACCCAUAAGAUUGUCACACCCGAAGAAGAUUAUGUAGACCCUUACGCGAACAUAAAAAACUCCAAUUUCAAAAAAUCCUACGUACCAAGCAAUCCCGCGGUUACUGAGACGAAGUAUGAAUACGGUAACCAAGAUUAUGUAGAAGACUACGUGGUCGAAUUGCCAAGGCCUGGCCUAGUCGGGCUGUAUUCCGAUCAUGGGCCUGGUUCAAGCUGGACUUAUGUUAGCAGUGGAAAAACGGAUUCACCGUAUAGUACAGUAGAUGAUAAUGACGAUACGGAUGAUGAUGAGGCACCGGGAUACUCUACAUUUGAUCCCAGACUAGUUGAUCGUCAAGCUAUAGGAACCGCUAAACCUCCAAAACGAAGACCAGCAUUCAUAGCUGAAGAUUCAGACGAAAUCUCAUACGACAGGCAAAGCCAUACCGUCAACUACCACGCACAUCCCGACUUUCAUAUCCUUCAAGGCUUCAAGCUCCUCAAUCUGGUACGAAACACAAGUAGAGUCUACACCAAGAAUGGACGGAGGACUACCACUACAGAAAGGGUGGCGGAUAGUUCUGAAUGUGUACAAACGAGGCCGAUAAUGGUGCAUUCGAGUGAGGAUUCUGAAUACGACGAUGUUUUUGACGUGAAUGAGAAUGUUUUCGGAGAUUGCGGUAAAGCCUCGAAAGACCCGUUGAAGGAAUGUGAACAUGACAAGCAAACCGGUGAAGCAGACGUAGGGUCUCAUCCUUGGCUAGCGCUGGCGGUUCUGACGAAGAGCCCUCAGAGCAUUCUGUGCUAUGCCUCGCUUGUGCAUCCGCGUGCUGCAGUCACUGCUGCCGAUUGCAUCUACGGCAGGACCUCCCCAGGAGAAGUGACACUUAUAGCUGGCAUUUGGGACCUGGAUGACGACAGCAGUCUGCGAACUCAGCAACGCAUGGUUCAGAUUCACGUCGACAGGCUCUACAAGCCGGGGAACUUGGCUCACAACCUUGCGAUGCUGCACUGGAAGCGACCUCUAAAGCUAGGAGUGAAUGUUCAGCCGGCGUGCGUGGCGGACCCUCACGUGGGUGACACUUGCAAGUUCGUGGGCUGGGGCGGCUACGAUCAAGCUAUCCGAGAACGCCCGCAGUGGCAGCGAGCUGCGAUCCUGACGCCACGGCAGUGUAAUGACAGGCUCUCAUCUAGUAAGCACCGCGUCACACUGCCUCCUGACACUUUCUGCGCUUCUAUAGAGUCCCGGGCGUCUGUGACAGGUGUGGGCGGUCCUCUAACGUGCAACAUAGGCGACCGGCACUCAGUGGUGGGCGUAGCUGUAUGGCGGGACACUGCUCUAGUGCUGCUACCUGUCCAUGAGUGGGUCGUGCGGGUCAUCGCCGCGCUACGUAUACGAUGAACAAGGUAUUACUCACGUCAGACCGGUCUAACGUGCAACAUAGGCGACCGGCACUC